UUUUGUUCGAGGCCGCAAGAUCGCCAAUUAGCUUCAAGGCCGUGAAGUCAUAGCUAUAAGCGAAAAGACACUGCAUUUCUAAUAGGCUUAUUCUUCUUUACUACUUCUCUCCUGACUGUAGCUUUCUUUUUCCUUUCCUUUCUAAUUGUAAUUGUAAAUAAGUCAUUUCAAUUAAUAAUGUACAGCGAUCGACAACCCAGACGUGGAGGCGGAAGAGGUGGUGGUGGUCAUAGUGGCCGCGGUGGGGGAUACACCACCAACAACGCGUAUAAUAAUAACAGCAGCAGCGGCGGUGGCCUUUCCAUUACAGCACGUUUAGGUCCAACCAAUAUUCCUAUAAAUGACAGAUUAGGGCAGUCAAAUGCUUCCAAUCAAAGAAACAGCAAUUCGGGUGGUUAUUAUCAAAAUCAGCCUCAAGGCCAGUAUCAUCAUCAACAACACAAUCAACCACCACCACAACAGCGAGGCCGAGGAAGCUAUAGAGGCGGAGGCGCUUUUUCUAGUAAUAACAAUAAUAAUGGUAAUCGCGGGCGAAGAAAUCGAUACAGUGGCGAUGAUCGAUUCAAAAAUGAGUUUGUAGACGAAGACAUCGACAUGAGGCCUGAUACCUCUGCAGGCAAUGUAGUGACAGUCACGGGAUUUCCCCCAGGAGCUGAACAAAAAGUGCUCGGAUUUUUAACACGAAAGUCAAAGGCUCCAUGGGAAGCAUUGGAUGUACAAGAACAUGAUGGAUUUUUGUAUAUAACAGUAACUGAUGAGGCAACAGCAGAUAAUCUUUGUAGAAUGAAUAACUAUCAGUUUGGCGCCCACAACUUACUACAGAUCAGCCGUGGCGGCAGUAAUGGUAGCAAUGCCGGUGGUGGUAUGAAUAAGAACAAUAAUUUCAAUAAACAACAAGGUGAUCGAAGACCUUCCAAAGUAUCAGCCUUGUUAGAAGGGUUUUUGAAUGAAAGGUGGAACCCACAAGCUGGAUAUCUCGAUUUAGAUGAACUACCAGAAACACAGCAUAGCAUCAGCGUCGUCAUCUCUAAAUUAGUACAGGCAGCUAAAUCAUUAUAUGGUGAUCAAUUGCAAACUAUUUCUUUUGCGCGAAACAAAUUAUGGUCAGUUGCACCUCUUCAAAAACUAGCAGACUUAUUUCCCAACCUCCAAAACCUCUCCGUUGCCGAUAAUGAUAUAGCCGAAUUCCGUAGUUUAGAUAAAUUAAGAAAUAGAUUACACAACUUGCAGGAACUACUUCUAUCUGGAAAUCCUAUUCAAAUCAACAACACUUUAGAUCAAUAUCGAAAAGAGGUAUUGAAACGAUUUCCAACCAUCCAUACAUUAGAUAUGCAACCAGUGACUGAUACGCCGGGAUCAGUCAAUUUCACGCCCGCAGCCUCACCUAGCAUACCCAACAAUCUAAUAGUAUCGCCUGCAACAAAUGACUUACCAUUGCCUGUACGUGCUGAAUUUUUCGAUCAGGAUAAUUCACGUAUUGCUACACAAGACCUUUUAUCCAAAUACUUUCCAUUAUUCGACACCCAGCGUCCAUCGUUAUUGGAUUUAUACGAUACAGAUGCCAUAUUCUCAGUAGUGUUCAGUAAUCAAGGCACUGUUCAACAGCAAACAGCUUGGGGAAAUAGCCAAAUGCGACCUGGUCAACGUAUGGUAAUAGGGAACGAAAAUAUUAUCAAGCGUAUUAAUCAAUUACCGGCCACAGUGCACGAUCUUUCUAGUAACAUGAACUUUAUCACGGAUGCAUGGCAAACGCCUGGUUCAUCAAAGCAUCCGGUAGUUUUGUUUUUGACCGUUCAUGGUUGUUUCACUGAAGCACCAAUGGGCACACCUUUGUCAUUCGAUCGCUCAUUUUUAGUAGCGCCUUCUACACCUGGAUCACGAGCUCAAUCCGCAGGUUGGAACUAUGUUAUCCUUUCUGAUUCAUUGAUUAUUCGUAAUUAUUCUACACAACCACGUACGUUAGUUACAGCAUAAAUAUAUAGCUCAUGUGUUGUAUGCAUUGCUGUAAAAUUCCAGGAAUGUAGUUUAUUAUAUAGCUUUCUACAUACUAUGCUUUGGCCCUCAAUUUACCAUAACAUACAUUCUUCUACAUAAUUAAAGUACAUGUGUUAGGGAUUUUUGGUCGAAUGAUCAAUAUAACAUAAUGAGAUUUAUCAUGUUCACCGAAUAUUGAGUUUGCUAGUGUCCAUUGAUUAUGCG